AUGAUGUCUAUUGGUACCGAGAUUCUCUGUUCAUACGGAUCUCCCACUCCCAGAGUCUCAGUUUUUCCAUCUCCGACGAGUUUCUCCGCUACUCUCAGUUCCACAUCCUCUCGGAGGAGACUCCUCUAUGGCUGCUGCUACUCCAACCGCCAAAUAGUAGUCACUGAGGAACUGUCGAUUUCAAUGACUCUCGAGGCUGAUGCUCUCUUCCAAGAAGUGAUUCGAUUCGGUCUCCAUGGAACCUAUCCGCUGAGGCUGUACAACGCCUUGCUCGCCGGGUUCUUGAGAAAAGGCCAGCUGGAGUUAGCCCUUAGGGUUUUGGAUCAUAUGGAAGUCGAAAACGUUGACAAGAAUCAAGAAACAUGUGAGAUUCUCUUGAACUAUUACGUUAGUGCUGGGAGGUUGGAGGAAUCGUGGCGUGUGGUUAAUGAGAUGAAGAAGAGAAAGUUUCCUUUGAAUUCUUUUGUGUAUGGGAAGAUCAUACGUAUUUACAGAGACAAUGGGAUGUGGAAGAAGGCGUUAGGGAUUGUAGAAGAGAUUAGUGAGACUGGUUUGCCCAUGGAUGUCGAGAUAUACAACAGCAUCAUCGAUACCUUUGGUAAGUACGGAGAGUUAGGUGAAGCCUUACAGGUCUUGGGGAAAAUGCAGAGUUGUAAUGAUUUGAAACUGAAUAUUAGUACAUGGAACUCGCUAAUACGGUGGCAUUGUCAUCACGGUGUGGUUGAUAAGGCGCUUGAGCUUUUCACGAUGAUGCAGGAUCAGGGGCUUUAUCCUGACCCUAGGAUAUUUGUGAAACUUAUAACGUGGUUGGGAGAGAAAGGGAGCUGGAACAUGAUAAGUAAAAGUUUUGAGUCCAUAAAAUUUAAACAAGAUAGAAGAGACACGAGAGCUAUCUAUGCAGCUUUAGUUGAGAUUAUUGGACAGUUUGGGAGUUUCCAGGACGUCGAGGAACUUGUGGGUAAGCUCAAGUCGGAAGGUGUCGCUCCUACAGGUAAUAUGUUUUGUACUUUGGCUAAUGCAUAUGCUCAACAGGGACUAUGCAAACAGACAGUAAAAGUGCUAAAGAUGAUGGAGAAUGAGGGGACUGAACCAAAUUUGAUUAUGUUGAAUGUUUUGAUCAAUGCAUUUGGAAAUGCUGGGAAGCACAUGGAAGCUCUAUCUAUUUAUCACCAUAUUAAAGAAAGUGGAUUCACCCCGGAUGUGUUUACCUAUAGUACACUUAUGAAAGCAUUCACUCGAGCAAAGAAGUAUGAAAAGGUUCCAGAAAUAUUCAGGGAAAUGGAAGCCUCUGGGUGUAGUGCAGAUAGGAAGGCAAGACAACUAUUGAAAAAUGCUCUCAUGGUUCUCGACAAAAGACAUUAA